AUGAGAUCUGCUUUGCGAUUAUCUUCAAUUUUGGCUCUUCUUCUUGAAGCCAGCGCUUUCGUCUCACAGUCUAGACAGCCAACCAGUGAUGUUUCGCUUAAAAUGGCUGGUGGAGACGAUGUUUACGUCAUGGUCAAUGGGAUGCCAGGACCAAUGGCCACGGCAGCAGCUGAAGCUUGCCUUCGCAAGGGAUUGAAGCUUACACCUGUCGCGAUGACUGGUCCAGACAUUCAAUCGUCGACAAUUACAGUGUACGACUCUGUCACUGGAAAAUCGUCGGACGUUAAACUGAUUCCUGCCAGCGAACCCGACGAGUUGAAGGCUUCAAUAGCGGGAAUCAAGGAAUCUUGUGGGGAGAAGAAUGUCUUGGCUAUCGACUACACUCAUCCAUCUGCUGUCAACAACAAUGCUCUAUUCUAUGCUGGAAACAAGCUGCCAUUCGUCAUGGGAACUACUGGUGGGGACCGAGAAAAGCUCAUUGACGACAUGCAAUCGGCAAAGCAUUUUGCAGUGAUUGCGCCAAACAUGGGAAAGCAAAUUGUUGCCAUGCAAGCUGCACUAGAAGAUCUAGCUACCAAGUAUCCAGGAGCAUUCGCGGGAUACAAGCUUGAAUGCAAAGAGAGCCACCAGAAAACCAAGGCUGAUACUUCUGGAACUGCCAAGGCCGUCAUUGACUCCUUGACACAGCUUUCUGACGACAGCUUCACAUAUGACGACAUUGAAAUGGUCCGAGAUGACAAAGAAUCCAUCGAAUUUGGUGUUUCAGAAGACGCGUUGAAAGGACAUGCAUUCCACACUUACACUUUGACCAGUUCUGAUGGAUCGGUUCAAUUCCAACUGAAGCAUAACGUUUCUGGAAGAACCGUCUAUGCCGAAGGCACUGCAGAUGCAGUCAAGUUCCUUGCCAAAAAGGUGCAGUCAGAGAGCGAAGGAAAGGUAUACAACAUGAUCAACGUGUUGGAAGAAGGAAGUUUGGAAUAA